CAAAAGGAAAAUGCGUUAUUCCCUGCGGCAAGGGUGCUCCUUGAUGGGCAUAAAAGGAGGCAAAGUUCCCUCUGUGAAUCGUCCUUGCAAUCCAUCAGUACAAUUCUCACGCACUGUACAGCUCUACUUUCAGUCUCAUUCUGUCAACGAGAAACACUUACAAUCAUACCAAUUGGUCUCGAACAAUGCCUUCCAACAAGUGUUCAGUUGCUGCUUCCUUCCCUUACCCUGAAGCGCAUACUCCUCCAGGAAGUCCUCGCCUUACCUCUGAUCAGUGCAUCUCCAGGGGUGAACUGA